CACUAACAUGGGUGUGCGCGAGCGUGUGCGUAACUGCCACUGUGCAUUUUCUUCCUUAAAGUUAUCUCACACACACACACACACACACACGCACUAAGUCAUGCCUGUACACGGAGGGAGAGCUGUACUGCUGCUGAAGCUCGCGCAUGGAGGAAGGGCGAGUUUGUUGCGCGAGCUCAGCCCGGCCUCCGCACUGCUGUGUCGGGCGAGGUAUGUGUCCGGUGCGGUCCUGAGCGCGCCCCUGGCCGGUAAGACGCACGCGGAACUGCGCGAGCUUUCAGCCCGGGAACCGGAGCGCUUUUGGGGAUGUGCAGCGCGCGAGAGGAUCACGUGGAGCCGCGAUUUCGAGCGCGUGCAGGACUGCGAUCUAGCGCGCGGAAAGAUCAGCUGGUUCCUCGGUGGACAACUAAACGUUUCCGUAAACUGUUUGGAUGUCCAUGUGGCUAAAGAUCCGAAUCGAGUGGCUCUGAUUUGGGAGAAAGAUGAACCAGGGACGGAGGAGCGAAUCACAUACAGAGAGCUUCUGGAGACUACCUGCCGAUUAGCCAACACGCUGAAGAGCCAUGGCGUGAAGAAAGGAGAUCGUGUGGCCAUCUACAUGCCGGUGUGUCCUACGGCUGUGGCGGCCAUGUUGGCAUGCGCGAGGAUCGGAGCCGUUCACACCGUCGUGUUUGCUGGAUUCAGUUCUGAUGCUCUGGCAGGCAGGAUUCAGGAUGCUGAGUGUAAGGUGGUAAUCACGUGUAAUCAUGGGGUGAGAGGUGGACGUGUGGUGAAUCUGAAGGCCACAGUGGAUGUAGCUGUGAAGUCCUGUCCCUCAGUGAAGAGUGUCCUCGUGGCUCAGAGAACCAAUCACAGGGUCCCAAUGGGGGAACUGGACAUGCUCCUGGAGGAGGCAAUGGAAAGUGAGUCGUGUGUUUGUCCUCCGGAGCCCAUGGACAGUGAGGACAUGUUGUUUCUGCUCUACACCUCAGGCAGCACGGGAAAACCUAAAGGCAUCGUACACACACAGGCGGGAUACCUGCUGUACACCGCUCUCACACACCAGUAUGUGUUUGAUUAUCUCCCUGGUGAUGUGUUUGGUUGUGUUGCUGAUAUCGGGUGGAUCACUGGUCACAGCUAUGUUGUUUAUGGGCCACUCGCUAACGGAGGAACCACCGUGCUGUUUGAAAGCACACCUGUGUACCCAAAUCCAGGUCGGUACUGGGAGAUGGUACAGCGGUUGAGGAUUAAUCAGUUUUAUGCUGCUCCUACGGCUCUCAGGCUGCUACUGAAGUAUGAGGAGAGCUGGGUGAAGAAGUACGACCGAUCCUCUCUCAGAACCCUUGCCUCAGUUGGAGAACCCAUCAAUCACGAGGCAUGGGAAUGGUUCUACAACGUGGUGGGAGAAGAGCGGUGCCCUCUUGUGGACACCUGGUGGCAGACAGAGACGGGUGGAGUAUGUAUCGCACCGCGACCUGCUGAACCCGGAGCUGAGAUUCUCCCUGCCAUGGCCAUGAGGCCUUUCUUCAGCAUUCAGCCUGCGUUACUGGAUGAAAAGGGCCAGGUCCUGACAGGAAAUAAUGUCAGUGGCGCUCUGUGUAUUGGCCGGCCAUGGCCUGGAAUGGCCAGAAGCAUUUUUGGAGAUCAUCAGAGAUUCAUAGAUGCCUACUUUAAACCCUAUCCUGGGUAUUAUUUUACAGGAGAUGGAGCACACCGGACAGCAGAAGGAUAUUAUCAGAUCACGGGACGGAUGGAUGAUGUCAUCAACAUCAGCGGCCAUCGCCUGGGCACGGCAGAGAUCGAGGACGUGCUGGACGAGCAUCCGGACGUCCCAGAGGCUGCUGUUAUCGGAGUUUCUCACGACAUUAAAGGAGAAGUUCCGUUUGCAUUCGUGGUUAUGAAGGAGAACGUGUUGAAGAACCAGGAAGCUGUGGUGAAGGAACUCAGAGUGCUGGUGGCCACCAAGAUUGCCAAAUACGCCGUCCCUGACCACUUUCUGGUGGUGAAGCGUCUUCCAAAGACUCGCUCUGGGAAGAUCAUGAGGAGAAUUCUCCGAAAGGUGGCCAUGGGCGAGGUGGAAAGUCUGGGGGACAUCUCUACUCUGGAUGACCCAACUGUAGUGACUGAGAUCCUCGAGGCUCAUCAGCACUACAGGGACCAAGCGACCAGGGUGUGACACCACAGGGGGUUGGGGCAAUAACAGGAAGUACAUCUGAAAGACACACACACACACACACACGUAUUAAGAAAGUUCACUUCCCACAAUACAGACAGUUCAGAUGAGUUACUCUAACUCUGUGUGUUGUUUAGGAUGUGACAGAGGUCAUGACUUUUAGGCUAAAAACAUGUAGAGAAAUAAAACCUUUGAUAAAAUUAUAAACUGUGAUAAAAUGGUUACAGAAAUUACUGUCAUGACGUGGUAAUGCAGGUGUGUCUUCAGUUCAAGCAGUAACAAAACUGUGAUUAGAUUCUCUUUCUUACUAACCUUUUAUAAUCCUUUAUAACCCUUCAUAACAUUUCAGAGUGUAUCAUAACCUUUAUAAACUCCUCCAUGAGGAAUAUUAUACUGAUGAUUUAUUAGAUCUCAGAGGUGAAAUGAUUAAUAUUUUAUUACAGGUUAUGUUACAUUAUAGUGAACACUCUGACCUUAUAAACACGUCAUAAUCACAGGAUAGGAGAUCAAAAAUCCAUCAGGAAAACUCCACAACUAAAAAACACAAGAUUUAUAUUAAGAUUUUAUUAUCAAUUUGUAUAAAAAAAAAUUGAAAAAAUCAUGAGAAAUCAUAAAAAAUAGUGAGAAAAUGUGAGAAAUUAAGGAGAAAUUACCUUACCCAGGUGAGAUGUUGAAGGUCAGAAGUCAGCUGUUGUGAGGAUUCAUUGAGGAGUUAUAAGCGCUUGUAAGACUUUCUGAGCUCUUGGUGAGAAACAAAUUAUGUGAUGGUUAUGAAGCGUUAUGAGGUUAUGUAGAGCAUUAAUGAACAUGAAUAAUAAAAUAAAUGUGAUCAUGUGA